AUGCGCGCGGACCGCGCCGCGCUGUACGCGUGGCUCGUGUGCUUCGCGGCCGCGCUCUCCACGCACAAGUACAGUACGCGCGUCGUGCGCACCAAGUACGGGCCGCUGCGAGGGAUUGUCGUCCACUCGCACCCCCAAGUCGAAGCUUACCUCGGCGUGCCGUAUGCGACACCACCCCUGGGCAGCCUCAGAUACAUGCCACCGGUGACGCCGUCUCAGUGGCGUACAACGCGCCUGGCGGACGCGGUAGGCCCAGCCUGCCCGCAGGCGCCGCCUGCGCCGGCGCCUCGCGACGAGGCGUUGCUGCUACACCCGCGCGCACGCAUUCGUCAGCUCGACCGUUUGUUGCCCGUGCUUGCUAACCAAAGCGAAGAUUGCCUUUAUGUCAACCUUUACGUGCCUGUUAAUGGGGGCGAAGGUGAGGGUGGAGGAGACGGAGUGCCGUGUCUGGUUUUCGUGCACGGGGAAUCGUACGAGUGGAGCUCGGGCAACGCAUACGACGGGACCCCGCUUGCCGCGCACGGCAGUGUUAUUGUAGUCACUAUCAAUUUUAGGCUAGGUGUUUUGGGACGAACGUUGGUAGCAGAACAGACAGGCUGCCACGGGGACUUGUUGGAAGACGAUUUGGCACCGUGUCUGCGCAACAAACCGCUUUCCGAGCUGCUCGCCGUGCGGCUUGAACCCCCGCGGUUCUUACCGGGGUUCGCACCUUUCGUCGAUGGCACUGUUAUAGUUAAUCCGUCCUCCGCUCCUCCUCCGACGGACAGUUCGCGGUUAGGCGCUGGUGCAGCGGCAGUGGCUGCUGCGGCAGGCCACGAGCUUACCGACUUUCCGCAUAGAGAUCUUUUGUUUGGCCUCACAACGACCGAGUCGUAUUUGGAGUUUAAUGCACAAGAUCUAGAGUUUGGUUUCAACGAGAGCCGGCGAGACAGAAUUCUGCGUACUUUUGUUCGGAACGCGUACUACUAUCAUCUGAACGAGAUCUAUUCCACGCUCAAGAACGAGUACACUGAUUGGGACAAGCCCGUACAGAAUCCUCUCAGCGUUCGCGACGCUACUCUCGAGGUUUUGAGUGACGGCCGAACAGCAGCGCCGUUGAUCAGAUUGGGUUACCUACACGCUCUACGAGGCGGCACAACGUACUUCACACAUUUUCACCAUCUAUCUGCGGACAAAGAUUAUCCUCAGCGUCCCGGUUCCGUCCACGGAGAGGAGCUACCGUACUACCUAGGAGUUCCACUAUCGACCGCUCAUCAUCAACUGAAUUUCACGCAACAAGAGCAGCGAGUUUCCAAGUUGUGCAUACACUACGUUGCCAAUUUUGUGCGAUACGGCAACCCAAACGAUCCUUCGGCGACGCCGCCACCUAGCCCGCUGCUCGGCGACGCUCCGCGUCUUGGCCCUGACCAGACACCUUACUGGGACACCUAUGACACCAUCAAUCAACUAUACAUGGAAAUCAGUAGCAAGCCGGAGAUGCGCAGUCACUACCGUGGUCACAAGAUGUCGCUGUGGCUGUCGCUCAUCCCGCAGCUGCACCGACCAGGUGCCGACUUGCCUGACCCCGCUAUGCGCCAUCAUCACUUCCAAGACGAUAAUGCAAAUUACUACGAGGGUGCCGUAAGACCUCAAACGAUGACGAGACUGCAUGUACCACAUGUCGUAAAUGUGGACGUGGGUAGUCGCGGUGGAGAUUCAUCUCAUAGCACUGUUCCGCCACGUACCGCAGCACCACGACCAUCCCCUGCACCACCUGUGACGUCCACUGAAUGCCCGCCUAAUACAACAUCCACUCCAAUUCAAGCUGAUGAUGCUCUUCUCCGACGUCUUGCAUCUUCUCACUAUCAGUCAUACACUGCGGCACUCACAGUUACUAUAGCAGUUGGAUGUUUUUUGCUACUUUUGAAUGUACUCAUAUUUGCAGGAAUUUACCAUCAAAGGGGCUCCCGACCUCGACGCUCAAAAGACGAUUUAGCGGAGGCCGGGAGCUCCUCUUCUUCCGAUAAUUACGACGGUAAAUUGGACUACGAAGUGCGGGCGUUUGAUGGAAAAGGUUUUGGUUUCGAUUGUAAAUCGGCACACGUGUCUCGCGGUUCCGGUUCUAAAUUCGAUUUGCGGACGUUAUCCGAUUGUGGUGAGCCUACAUUUGGUGAAUACAGUUGUUAUGAUGAAAAACACAGAGCAGCACGUAGCUCCUUGCCAGACGUAAGUGUUGGUAGUGCAAUUGAGGCGGGAAGUGUUGUGUGUAUCGAUACGCAAAAACCGGAUAUUCAAAAGGUUGACGGCCGGCAGCCAGAUUCAAUAGGACGAACUAGUAGUUUUGAACCGAGAGUUGUGGACUGUUCGACGCAAGUCAAGUUUGGCCCAGUGUCUGAUACAGUAGAGGUGGCGUCCGAUUCAAACGGAGAUUCGGAGUCGGGCGGCGCGAGCGGUUCGGGUGUGAUGCGAGUGCCGCCCGCCGCCAAUACGCCCGCGCCGCCCGGCAUCAUGAAGAAGAGAGUACAAAUACAAGAGAUAUCAGUAUGAGGAUUUCUAGACUCCGCCGCCGAAAUAGUUGUGAACAAAAGGACAAAGUUGUGAUUCUUAAAUUGUAAUAUGUAUAUAAAAUGUUUAAUAAAGCAUAUGAGUUUAUGUCUAUACAUAUAAAGUAAAUUAAGAUUUGCCGCGUGUUUACUACUCUGAACUUACUUUGCGUGUAAAUAUGUAAGUAAAUUAUGUGUUACUCGCUCUACUGCCAGAAGUGUAGCUAAUAUGUUGAUAUACCGUUGGCCAAUAGUUAUUAAAGCGUACUGUCGUAUAACUCUCUCCUUCAUGUAAUAUUAUAUGAAGGAAUUGUAGGUUCUUGUGAACAUAUGCGUAUGAAAUAAAUGUGAAUAUAACAAUAAAUUAGUGACAAGGCAACACAGUUUCAUACUAGCUGUACAUAAUAUCAAACGAAGUGUUUCAGGUAACGUAGGCUAAAACUAUUUACAUAAAACGUGGUGUACGAGUAUGUUGUUAUUUUUUGUAAAGU